AUGGCCGUGAGGAGCUACCCCUCGCCCAAGGUCGGGGUAGCGACUGAGAGGACCAGGCUGCGGCAGUGCAGGAGCGGCCGAGAGGAGCUUCCCCACAUCCGAGGUCAGGAGUGGCAGCUGAGAGGAGCUUCCCUUCACCCGAGUAGCAGCAGAGAUUGUUACCAAGAAGCAUUGAGAGGAAAUGGGAAAGAUGAUAACAGUGAUAAACACUCUUGUGAACUUUGGGUUACUACUCAAGUACUGCAUUUUUGUAGAGAGUCCGACAUCACCAAGGAGCGAAUCCAGAAGAUCCUGGCAACUGGUGCCAACGUUAUCCUAACCACUGGUGGAAUUGACGACAUGUGUCUGAAGUAUUUUGUGGAGGCUGGUGCUAUGGCAGUUCGAAGAGUUUUAAAAAGGGACCUUAAACGCAUUGCUAAAGCUUCCGGAGCAAUUAUUCUGUCAACGCUGGCCAAUUUGGAAGGUGAAGAAACUUUUGAAGCUUCAAUGUUGGGACAAGCAGAAGAAGUGGUACAGGAGAGAAUUUGUGAUGAUGAACUGAUCUUGAUUAAAAACACUAAGGCUCGUACCUCUGCAUCGGUCAUCUUACGUGGAGCAAAUGACUUCAUGUGUGACGAGAUGGAACGCUCCUUACACGAUGCCCUUUGUGUGGUGAAGAGAGUUUUGGAGUCAAAGUCUGUGGUCCCAGGUGCGGGUGCUGUAGAGGCGGCACUUUCCAUUUACCUCGAGAACUACGCAACCAGCAUGGGCUCCCGAGAACAGCUUGCUAUCGCAGAGUUUGCAAGAUCUCUUCUUGUGAUUCCUAAUACUCUGGCAGUUAAUGCUGCCCAGGACUCCACAGAUCUGGUGGCAAAAUUAAGAGCUUUUCAUAAUGAGGCUCAGGUUAACCCAGAACCAAAAAAUCUAAAAUGGAUUGGUCUUGGCAAUGGUAAACCCCGUGACAACAAACAAGCAGGGGUGUUUGAACCAACCAUAGUUAAAGUUAAGAGCUUGAAAUUUGCAACUGAAGCUGCAAUUACCAUUCUUCGAAUUGAUGAUCUUAUUAAAUUACACCCAGAAAGCAAAGAUGAUAAGCAUGGAGGUUAUGAAGAUGCUGUUCACUCUGGAGCCCUUGAUGACUGAUCUGUUUUAUUUAUAACACUGUUAAAUGCAGCUUGCUUGUACCUCGAAUAUUACACAUUAAAGUGCAACAGGCUGCCAAAAAUAAAAAAAAAUAAAAAAAAUAAAUAAAA